CGUCAUCUUCUUCACACAAGCGGAAAAAAAAAUCAAGAAUCGCCAGCGAACCAGACACCACCAGAUCCAAUCUAAUCUCCUCCUUACCCAGUUCUUCAUUGGAUUCAAUCCCCUCUCUUCUCUCAUACCCUAAUUGAAUCCCAAUUCUCUAAAAAAUGUCCUCUGACGAACCCAUUGUCACCGUCGAUGGCAGCACUGAGCCGCCAACUUCUGAACCAGCUGAUGAUAAGCCGGCCACCAAACCCAGCAGAGCUAGAAAAGCCAAGGAACCUAAAGCCAAAAAAGCUCCUGCCCCUAAAAAACUCCAUCCUCGUUCCCCUUCCGCUCACCCUCCUUAUGAAGAGAUGGUCAAGGAUGCUAUAGUGACAUUGAAAGAGAAGACAGGUUCGAGCCAGUACGCGAUUACCAAGUUUCUCGAAGAGAAACACAAACAACUGCCAUCAAAUUUUAAGAAGCUUCUGUUGUUUCAUUUGAAGAAGCUCGUGGCUGCCGGUAAGAUUGUUAAAGUCAAAGGAUCCUUCAAGCUUCCAUCGGCUAAAUCAUCCGCUCCAGCUAAAGCAGCUGCUGCUUCUCCGGCUAAAAAGAAGCCGGCAACUGCUGCCAAGCCCAAGGCUAAAUCUAAGCCAGCUGCUCCCAAGGCCAAGGAAACCAAGUCUACCAAGUCGACGGUUAAGUCACCGGCGAAGUCUAAAGCAGCUGCCAAGCCCAAGCCGAAGCCUAAGCCAAAAGCUGCAGCUGCUAAGCCAAAGGCUACCGCCAAGGCAAAACCAAAGGCCGCUCCAGUUAAGGCUAAAACCGCUGCUGCAAAACCUAAGACGACACCGGCAAAGCCCAAGGCCAAGGAGAGACCGGUUAAGGCUCUGAGGACUUCAUCGAGAACAUCUCCUGGAAAGAAAGCGGUGACAACCAAAGCCACGUCAAAGAAGGCACCGGCUAAAACUAUUAAGCCGAAGGGCGUCGGCGUCCCGAAGAAGAAAGUAGCAGCGAAGAAAGGAAAGAAGUGAGGAAUGAUCGAGGAGAGGAAUAGAGUGUAGUGCUUGUAGCGGUAGUUCUGUAAAUUCGGUGAUCUCUGAGGGGUGGGUUUGUAAUUUGAGUUACUAGGAAUCCCCACCAAGUAAAAUGGCAUCGGAUGUUAGGGCCUUUUUUUACUCUAUAUUUUUUGUUGGUUAUCUAGGGAUUUGAAACAGUAAUAGAUGUAAUGUUCAGUGAAAUUAUUUUAUGGUAGAAUAGAGCCUAGUUGCUUUCUUACA